AUGGACUCCAAGAUCACCGACGCAAAAUCGCUCCGUCUCGCUCUCGCAAAGCUCGAUGCCAAUGUUAGGGAUGCAGUGAGAAGUGGGGAGGUCAAGAAGGUGAUGACAGACCUGAACGGCCUGCUGAAAGAGAUUUUUCAUGUCAAAAAGGCCCGCAUCCAUCCCGAAAUCUUCAAAGAAUUCGGGAACUUCGUGUGGUCCGUCAUUGUGGAUUACAAGAAAUCGAGCAAAGCGAGCGAUUUUGACAUCGCCGGCUUCGUCACCAAGCAUCGCAGUGCACUGGCAAACAUCGAGGGUGGUAGUGCACUACCAGCCUCUACCUUACCCGACCAGCACAAGUCGGAUGUCGGGGGGAAUCCUGACAUCGUGUCGGAUACCUCUCGUGUCAAGGGUUCCGACGGGUCGGAUACCUCUCGUGUCAAGGGUUCCGACGGGUCGGAUACCUCUCGUAUCAAGGUUUCCGACGGGUCGGGGUCGGCCCCGCCUCCAGACAACAGCAAAAUGUCCAACCUGGAGUCGACCCCCACUCAAGGCCGCACACCCACACCUACAAACGUUGAGCGUCGGGAGUCCAAUUCCGAGGCUCUUUCUGCCCAGCAUCGCAAGGGCUUGAACAUCAUCACUCAAACUAUGUCUGUCCAUGCUGAGAGAACGUCGACGCCCUCUAAUGCCACGAUGCGGCCUUCAAAUCCGUCAUCCCGCCCCGCAAAUCUUACCCCGUCAUUGCCGCCUAGCGCAGCAAACCCCAUUGUCCCUCCUGCUAGCACCUCUUUCCGUUCGAUGUCGACAUCUAAUCCCGUCGCUCUGCCUGCCAACAAAGCAAACGACAUGACCAAAGCGCAGGGCAAGCCCAAGAGGACCUCCAAGGGUGGUGAGAGCACCAAGGACAACUUGAAACCACAGUCAGUCGGGAUUUUUGCCCAUGAGGUUGCAAUGGCACAUUUUGACCGCCCCGACAGCCCCGAAAACAAGUUUCGGGCUUUGAAGCUUCAGAAAAUGCUCAAGGAAGGUCCGUCUCGGGAGCCCAUAUCUGGCUCUGAAUACCAGGGAUCGUCGUCGGAGAAUGAGGAAUCGGAGGAGGAGAAGGCCGUUGGAAAGCGCAAGAGGUCGUCAAAGGCUUCGACCCCAAUUCUUGCAACAAAGUGCGAUUGGUGCAUCAAGUACAACACCCAAUGCGACGAGAUACUCGACAAAACUGGGAAACGUGCUUGUGCCAUCUGCAACAGGCAGAAGAAGGGGUGUACAUGGGGCGGUACACUUGUUUCCGAAAGUCGUCGGGCGCAGAAGGCUGCUGCACAGAACGCCAAAGCCAACACCAAUGGUCCAACCAAUGCAAAUACGAAGACAUUGAAGGCUACAAGAGCUCGAAAAGCCAAGAAGUCGGAGUCAAAUCAAACCGACAGCGAGGUAAUGCCACCCAAGAAAAAGGUCAAGAAGUCUCUUCCUUAUGUGGUGGACAGCGAUGUCAUUUCAGACGGUGCAAAGUCCGAUCGCGAGUCCAAGCAAAAAAAGAACAAGCCAUUGGAUUCAGUUGAUUACGUCGAGAUUACCUCAGGUUCCGACACGUCCCAGUCCCCACCCAAACCCAUUUCAAAGCCCACCCCUUCGACAACAGUUCCGCCCGCCCCUUCAAAAACAAUGCCGCCCGCCCCUUCAACAACAAUUCCGCCCACUCACUUGGCAACAAUUCAAGCCCCACCACCACCACCUCAACGCCGUUUGCAGGACUCCGACCUGACCGAUAUUCCACUUGUUUCCGACCUCCUUAAUCGGAUGAACGAGAUGGAAGUUACAACCUGCGCCCUUCAGGUUGACUUAGCCCUGCUGCGGACAACAAAUGAAGAGCUGCAGGACGAGCUUACUAGCGUAAAGUCGGCACAUACAUCACUCAAGCGUCGUUACGAUGACCUAUAUGAAAGGGUCACCCAACAUCGUAAAUCUGCAGCGGAUUGUCAGUCGGCUUUUGCGUUGAAGUGGGGGAGUGGGAUGAGCAAAAUCAAGGCCGAGGUCAAGUAUCUUUCUGACUGCCUUGAGAGGACAGAAGAUUCCCUCGUCGUCCUUGAAGGACGUGUUGAUGAUAUUGACAAGCUUCAUCAAAUGCACAGCGACGGUGCGUAUCUUUCUUGGGAUGGGGAGUCCGAUGGAAAUGAUUGUCCAAUUCCAAUGGACAUGUCAUCGGAUGAGGCAAGCCAUUCUCUGAAUGCUGCCACUAACAACCCCACCAACCCCACCAUUGACAAGCCCGCCUCCGACACGAAGUCCGACCCUGCCUCCGACGAGAAGUCCGACCCCGCCUCCGACGCGAAGUCCGACCCCGCCUCCGACAAGAAGUCUGACCCCGCUUCCGACGACAAUUCCGACCCCGCCUCCGAUGACGACGCUGAUCCCGCUUCCAACAACAAUUCAAAUGCCGCUGCCAAUGCCAACAAGGACACAGUAGAGGAUGCUGUUAAGGCUAACAAAUCCAAUUCGGACAACAAUCCUGAUCCCAUGAGUGGUGGUGAUGUUUUUAUUCCCCCACAACCACCCACUACUCCCCCAGCACUUCCAUUGUCGCCACCACCAGCUUUGUAG